AUGCUCCUUGUACUUAAUUCAGGAGCUGCUAACAUCAAACUGUCAAUGGAGCAUAUGAUAUCUAAUAAGACGAUGGAGCGAAACCCGGGAGGAAGAAGAAAAAGAAGUUUUCGUUGGCUAGAUGAUAACGAAAACGAAAACCUAGGUAUUGCUGGAUCGAGAGGAACGGCCGCAGACAGCGAAGAACCGGUUUUAAAGAAAACGUCAAUGAGUAAAGAGAUAUUUCAAAUAGACCUGCCCAAUGGGAAAUUUACCAAUUAAUGCACUGAUGAAAAUAAAGGAGCAGUCAAAAAAAUUCAUCUCAAUGUUUGUAAUUUUGACCAUUCGUUCAUAUAUUGUUGACUAGAAUAAUCAGAUUCAAUUUUAUAAAGAAUUACUUAGAAUUUAU